AUGUGUUGUCUCUGCGAUAUUCAUUGCGAAGAGACGCGGAUGUAUGAGGUCCGCUAUCGGUUGACAACUCUCAUGAGUCUUUUGCCGAAUCUCUCGCAAAUACCUCACAUACCUCAAAAUUCUAUCUUGACAUUUUCCGACGUAUGGCGGAACCUCGAUGAGACCUCCGGCACAAUGGUGCUAAUCCAGAGGGAGGACUUCUUCUCUCGGUCACGCAUGACUCAAGCACACGGAGCACUUCUUCUUCUCUUCGAGGUUGCCAAAUCGCAGAGUUCACUGCCAACUUCAGACCACUGUUUCUUUGUUGCCUCCCAGGCAGUGUAUGCGCACUCGAGUCCUCGUCAGUCUACUAGGAGCAAUUCCUUUCUGAUCCUGGCGAAAGAACAACCGAUAGAAGGCCAAAUUCUCAUCACUACUCCCAAAGGACUCUGUCCUUUCAGAAAUACAUUGUUCUCAUUGCUGGUCGACUUAGAGAACAAACAUCCUACGCGGCAUUGGGAUGUCUCUUUGAGCCAGGUGGUUGUCGAUGCAGUUCGAGUGGUACAACAACUGCUGCUGUACAACGAUGUCUCGGACGCAGGAUCAACCAGACAAACAACACCCCGAGUCAAACACCUAGAUCAUCGGCCCGAGUGGGCGCAGAUCUUCUCGCAACAGUUAUCAAUCCCCUGUGGCCAGCGCCGAUGUAAACUUAGCUACGACAAGCUGGAGAUGUUGCCGGCUUGCUACCCGAGCACUUCCUACACUCAAAGCAUACUUACUUUACUCAACGGCGUGCCGGUAGUGACCCCGCACUACGGCUCGCCCACUGGCAGCGGGAAGAUCUGGACCUUGGCUGAGCACCGUGAUACUCGCGCAAGACCUGCAUUAAGUCUGGCGAUCUCAUACUGCGAGGCUUCCAAGCCCGCAUUCAAUCGAAAACCGACACAAUGGAACGCCGACCCUCUGCCUCCCGGUCAGCCCGAGAACCCCUUCCCAUUCGCUCCCGAGGCCGUGCGCGCCCCAUCCCACCCUCCCCCUCCCCCUUCUCUCGUUGAGGCUCACAACCCAACUUGGACUUUGGAGGACAGUACGGAGUAG